GCGAGGGAGAGCGAAAGGGAGAGAGGGAGAGAGUGAGAGAGAGAGACCAUAUCGCGUUCGCUACCACACCCAUCUACACACCAUUGAACGAACGCCUCUGGUUCGUGAGAAAUUCGUGAAAGAGAGAUAUUCACAUUGGAAGGAUUUCGUGUUUUUGAAGAUCGGAAAGAGUAGAAAAUAAAUUGUAACUUUCAGAAACAACUGAAGAUGUCCCGUUUAAGUUCACCGAACCCCCACGCCCGCACCCCCUCCCCCGCGCGCUCGCUCUCCCCCGACGCCCCCCCAGCGAUGCAGGGACAGCUGCUGAGUGCGCAGAGGACCUCCGACUUAUACGACACGUCUGAGGAUGAGGCGGAACUGCAAGGACUGUCAGGCUCGUCCGCGGAAGUCUCGCCCAGUGUCUCUCCAGCACCGCCCAAAAUCGUCGACUUUGUGCCCAAGAAAAUACAGUUUGUUCAGGCCGACGCUCAUGGCGAAUGUAACAUACCAUCGGAAGGAGGAUCGUCGAAUGCACCAGCGAUCGUGGUUUCAGAUCCCGAUGCAACUGAAGCUAUUCUUGGUGGAAAUGCAGCGGGGUCGAGCGGCACUCUCAAGAUGGCGACGCAGAGGCCCAAGUCGCCGCGACCUUCUCCCAGGAAAGAGGAAAAUGAGUCCUUCUGGGACAAAUUCGGGACGAUAGGACGCAAGAAGAAGAUGAAGGAAGUUCAAGAGGUGCAAACAGAAGGGAAAUAUGCCAUCGACUCGCCUGGCGCACCUAUGUCAGUUGACAUCCCUCCUGAUGACUACAACCUGGAUGACAAUGAGGAGAGGUCCAUGAUUGAACCCCGGUCAUACGAGGACCCCAAGCUGAAGGAACUCAUUGGUAUCCUCAUUGAGUGGAUCAAUGACGAGCUCGCCAACGACCGCAUCAUUGUCAAGCACAUCGAGGAGGACCUGUACGAUGGGAUGGUUUUCCACAAGCUCAUCGAGAAGUUGACAAACAACACCCUAGACGUACAGGAAGUGACUCAAAGUGAGGAAGGCCAGAAGCAGAAAUUGCGUAUUGUCCUCAAUGCUGCCAACCAUAUCUUAGGUCUCAGUCGCUAUGGCCCUCACAAGUGGUCAGUCGAGUCCAUCCACUCCAAAAAUAUUGUCGCAAUUCUCCACCUUCUUGUGUCUUUGGCCCGCCACUUCCGUGCUCCCAUCAGGCUGCCUGAAAAUUGCAUCAUCAAUGUUGUUAUUGUGCAAAAACGUGAUGGGCAGCUCAACCACCGGAUUGUGGCGGAAGAGCUGACAGGCACGUACGACGACUUGGGUCUCAGAUGCGAGAGAGAUGCUUUCGACACCUUAUUCGAUCAUGCACCUGACAAGCUUGCAGUUGUCAAGAGGUCUCUGGUAACCUUCGUCAACAAGCAGCUGAAUAAAAUCAACCUGGAAGUGAGCGACAUUGAGACAGAGUUCAAUGACGGCGUGUACCUGUGCCUCCUCAUGGGUCUCCUUGAGGGAUAUUUUGUCCCGUUGCACCACUUCUUCCUGACGCCCAAGACAUUUGACGAGAAGCUGCACAAUGUCUCACAGUCAUUUGAAUUGAUGAUGGAUGCAGGUCUGGCUAAGCCUAAAGCAAGACCUGAGGACAUUGUGAAUGCUGAUCUCAAGUCCACUCUCCGUGUUCUGUACAACCUGUUCACACGCUACAAGAACACAAAUUAAGGAUAACAUUUGCAAGCCCCACUGAAGUCACCAGCUGAAACCCAAGAUGCGACCGUCCUUCUCUUUUCCUCGGGAAAGAUUUAUUUGGGUUUUGGUCAGUGUUCUUUUGUUGAGGAUAGAAUGUACUCUGCAAUUAUGUUGUGAAUGGAAGAGUAAGUUAAAAACUGAGAUAAAAAAAAAUCUGAAGAGAAUACAAGUGCCUCAUGGGACUCCUCGGUAUAGCAAUAAUGAAAGGAGAAAUUACUUUUUUUU